AUGUUACCCACCCACAGCAAGCCAGCGCAAACGGAGCAAUCAACGUCAGUUAGGCACUAUUUCAUCAAGAGCUCUGACAUUCUGAACCAAUCGCUUCAGAUCACAGUUGAAGAUGAGAAUGGCAGCGUAUGGUACAAGGCUCGAGAUGUGACCGACCACGAGAUUGUCGAUAGCGUUAUAGACUCGAAGACCAAUGCAAUCAAGUGGACGAUUCAUCAACCGAGACGGCGUGGAUGGUAUCUUCGAUUACGAUCUCCUGCCUUUCCACCAGGCGCAUGUAUCUCUCUCCUUCCACCUCCUUCAUCCACUGGAGAGCCUAUUUUGAUGUUUGGAUGCCAAACUAUUGAUCCAGCGUCCGUUCCACCCCCCGUCGCCAACCGAUUCUCGUCGGACCACUCUUAUCCGCCCUCCCGAACAUCUACUUCAUCACAAACUUCACUACCGCCCGCGAAUGCGACGCCGAAAAGCCCGCUCUCCCGUCCUCCUUACCCACGGGACGGAGAUAGCGAAGCGACGCUCACAGAGAUCCAAGAGCGCACCGUAUCGAUAUCACUAGACGACGAAAGUGCACCUGGACAAGAUAUUGGCGAACGAGAGACGUCUUAUAGUACGACUGCUCUUCCAUCAUCACAACCAAGACCACCGAGCUCCAACCCCAUCCAAAGGGCAUCUCCACAACUCAGAUGGCACGUUACACAUUACACACUACGUCCAGGACAACCCACAACGGGCGUACUAGCCGGGACGCAUCACCAUCCACACCUCGUCCACCCACCCUCGCACGCACCGCAAACUUCCUUCCUCCACCGCGCACUCGCACCACUCGCAAAUCUCUCACACGCAGCAACAGGAAGUACGGCGCACCAUUUUAUCGUCCAGCCCUCUCCUCCUCCUCCACAGACAACAACGCCCCACGCGUCGGGAGCGUCUCCCAACCCGUCUACGAUUCCAGCAAACAAGGAUAAGCGUGGAACGAGUUUGGAUGUGGAUAGGAAGAGUGAUAGAGGCGAGGGAGUGGCUGCUGCACUCGCAGACCCGACGAACCGCUCACCAGAUCCGUCGACUUCACCACAGACAAACCCAUCCUCUCAACCGCACCAUCUGCGCAAUCGAUAA